AUAGCCGUGGGUGAUCUGAAUGCCAGAUUCCAAUCCUACAUGUCCAAGCAUCCGACAUCUCCAUUGAAACAGCUGAAGUGUUGCAGCACUCAGACAGACACUGUGACUGGACAUACUCUCUCUCUGAGGGGGACGAGAAGGACUAGAGGGGGAAAAAGGCGAGCCACCGGAGUCUUCUGAAGCGGCCCAGCAGAUAUGCCAUGGAGAUAGAGCACAUCACAUAUAUCAGCAUCCAUGUUUUAUUUUUGUGAGCCUGUGAGAGGAGCACCUUCGUCGUCCAUGGACAUGAAUAUUAGCGACCCUGAGGGCGGUGGCAUGGACGGGGGUCUCAACGUGACCCUGACCAUACGCCUGCUGAUGCACGGCAAGGAGGUUGGUAGCAUAAUUGGAAAGAAAGGAGAAACGGUGAAAAAGAUGAGAGAAGAGAGUGGAGCGCGGAUUAAUAUAUCCGACGGCUCCAGUCCCGAGAGGAUUGUCACCAUCACAGGAGCUUCGGAGGUCAUCUUCAAAGCCUUCGCCAUGAUCGCCGAGAAGUUCGAGGAGGACAUAAAUGCCUGCAUGAUAAACAGCACAGUGACCAGCAAACCCCCGGUGACGCUGCGCCUAGUCUUCCCGGCCAGCCAGUGCGGCUCGCUGAUAGGCAAAGGGGGCUCCAAGAUUAAAGAGAUCAGAGAGACCACGGGUGCCCAGGUCCAGGUGGCAGGCGACUUGCUGCCGGACUCCACAGAGAGGGCCGUGACCGUGUCUGGGACUCCCAGCGCCAUCACCCAGUGUGUCAGGCACAUCUGCACUGUCAUGCUGGAGUCCCCGCCCAAAGGAGCGACGAUCCCGUACCGUCCCAAGCAGUCCCCUGCAGGGCCCCACGCUGUCAUGGCCCAGCCGCACGCAUCCGCCGCCUUCGCCAUGCCCGGCCAGUAUGCCAUUCCACACCAAGAUUUGACCAAGCUUCACCAGUUGGCUAUGCAGCAUAUCCCCCUUACCUCCCUUGGGCAGACCAAUCCUACCUUCCCUGGUCUGGAUGCCACCAUGCCUACGAGUUCGCACGAGCUGACCAUUCCAAAUGACUUCAUCGGCUGCAUAAUUGGCCGACAAGGAAGCAAAAUCAACGAGAUCCGCCAGAUGUCGGGCGCCCAGAUCAAGAUCGCCGGCGCGACAGAUGGCUCGCCGGUGCGGCAUGUCACCAUCACAGGCUCGCCGGCCAACAUCAGUGUGGCCCAGUACCUCAUCAACGCCAGCUUAGAGAUGGCUAAACUCAGCAUCCAGGCCGCUUCUUCCUCCGCCACCUCCACUCCCGUUGACCUGAACAUGGGCUUCCCCCAGUCCACCUCCCCCUCCUCCACCUCCCAGGCCGCUGCUGCCGCCAACUCCAUGGCUAUGCUGGCCGGGGCAGCGGCGGCCGCCAACCCCCACGCAGCCCACGCAGCCCAUGCCGCCCACGCAGCCCACGCCCACGCAGCCCACGCCGCCGCCCUUAACAUGCACUCCCCCUCCACCCUCUCCGUGCCCACCAUGCCCAGCGCCGCCCACUACGCCGUGCCCAUGUCCAGCCUGCUUGGCAUGAAAACCGUGCCCCUGCUGGCCGUGCACGCCGCCUCCUCCGCCGGCCUGGCGCCGGGCCUCGGCCCGUACACCGCCAAGAUCCCCACGGCCGCCGGCCUCAAAAAAUCCGACCGCCAGAAGUUCGCUCCCUAUUAACGGGCAAAAGUUAAAUAAGAUUAAAAAAACCACACACAAAUCACAUCAAUUUUGAAAAAAAAAUCAUGCGCUAUGGCAGUCGCUAGCUUUUCUCCCCCUCCACCACCACCCCCCAUUGUGGUUACUAUUUGUUUUGAUUUUUUUUGUUUUGUUUUUGAAACAGUCCUCUAACAGAAACGAUCUCACCAAUCUAUGCAGUAUUAUUCUUAUUAAAAGCAAUGCAAUAAGAGAGAGUGGAGGGGGCAGAUGCAUCUGGGAAGUGGGAACAGCAUGCUAGGCUUCUGUCACCAUCCUCCACACUCCUGUCCUCUGUCCUCCCGUCUCGACAUUCGUUGUCAGGUCUCCAUACUCUGUUUUCUGCUCAAAGCCCUGUGUGAUCCCAUAUGGAAAAGAUAUAUAUUCAAAAAAUGAUUCAUAUAUUCUGUAUAAAUCAUACAAUUAUUGUACACUUGUAAUAUAACAUAUAAUAUUAUACAAUUCUUAUAUGGUGCAUACUGUCAAAGUGGCUCUUUCCUCAUUUUCUUCAUAUGCAAGUACCGCAGAUCUACACGUUCCAUAUACUUGGAGUGUGUAUGAGUUCUUAUUUAUAUGCCACAUACCACAAAGGUGGCCCGUUUACUGUUUUUAUAAAACUUGUAUAGGCAUGCAAGUUUUUAAUAUAUAUCUUUUUCAUCUGGGAUAGCUCAAACACUGUAUGAUUGAUUGCACACAAAGUGUGUCUGUUUGAGCAUGUCAUGCCAUGCCAUGUCAGGGCACGCAGGUUUACUUGUGCAUGCUGGUGUGUGUGUGUUUCUUUUGCAUGCACCUGAGUUAUGUUACCUACCUAGAAUGUUCAAAAAUGCUUGCUGUUAUGAUGUGACAGCGCGCGGCUGCCAGUUUCUAACGUUUAUCAUUGUCAAAAGACAGUUGUGUUAAUGCUCAAUUUUUUUCAGCCAUAAAUAAUAUGCAUGUUAUUGUUGUAAUAUGUUUAUUUUGUUAUGUUAGUUCCCUGGUCCAUAUACUGUUUAUGUGUGUGUCUGCUUGUGUGUGUGUGUGUGUGUGUGUGUGCAUG